AUGCUGAUGUCCAACACCUCUGCCGACAGUGCGGACAAGCUUCUUCGAUGUCCUUGUAGAAUCUGCAAAAACAAUUACUUUGCUGAUCAGAUAUCUAUAAUGGAGCAUCUCAUGCUGAAUGGAAUAUGGAAAGAAUACAGAGUAUGGGAUCAUCAUGGAGAGAGUGUGUUAGAUUCAGAAGACAGUGACCACAACAUGGAAGAUCAUGAUGACUAUGUUCUGCGUGAGAUGAUUUUUGCCAAAAUUGGAAGACGGCUUAUUGGGAAUAGAUAUUGUGAGAUGGAGAUGAAUGAAUUGAACAAAGCACAAGCCUACGUUCUAAAGAACUGUGAAGAGGCUUCUCCAUAUACAAGAUUUAACACAAGGGACAGAGACGCCCUAUUUCAAGCACAAAACAGUGGAGUAUUUGUCAAGGGCGAUGAAGGAACUGGAAACAAAGAUUACUUUGGUGUCUUGACAGAUAUUGUGGAGCUUUUAUAUGGGACUCAUAAGGUUGUUCUUUUUAAAUGUGAAUGGUGGGAUGUACAUACAACAAGGGGAGUUAAAGAAGAUAAGUAUGGGUUCAUAAUGAUAAAUACUACUCGCAGGCUGUCAACAGAUGAGCCAUAUGUUUUGGCUUCGCAAGCAGAGCAAGUAUAUGAUGUGAAUGAUACUCAAGAUCCAAAAUGGUAUGUCAUGGUAAAGACUAAACCUCAUGAUUAUUUUGACACUCCUCCCACUGAUGAAGCAGAUGCCACUACUAAAUCAAGUAAAUCCAGUCCUGAAGCUUGCCAAGAAAAUGAAGUAAUAACUGUGCCGAAUCCAAAUACAAUAGAAGAUGAUGACACAAGUAUAUUGGACACACCUCAAGUUGAAGCGGAAGCUGAAGGUAUACCUGUGGCUGUGGAAGGUAAUCCGAUACUCCAUUACGAGGGUGACAUUGAGGAUGAAGAUGAGCAACAAGAAUCUGAAAGUGAUGACAGCGAAGGUGGUGAGUACAUGGAUUCAGAUGACGAAGACAGUGAAUCGGAAGAAGAAAUAGAUGACGACUAG